AUGGCGGCCGCCGCUCUCACGGCGUGGCUGGGCUUGCAGCCGGGAGCCAGGACUCUGCGUGCAUUCUCCACCUCCGUGUCCCCGGCCACUCGUAGCCUGCAAAGAACAUCCAGAACUGAAAGACUGUCGAAAAGAAAGGCACUACCUCCUAGGACAGAGAAAAUGGCUGUUGACCAGGACUGGCCUAGCGUUUACCCUGCCGCAGCGCCAUUUAAACCCUCUGCAGUACCUCUUCCUGUAAGAAUGGGUUAUCCAGUAAAAAAGGGUGUGCCCAUGGCAAAGGAGGGAAAUCUAGAACUUUUAAAGGUUAAACUUUCCAGUUUGAAUUUAGAUGACCAUGCAAAGAAGAAACUUAUUAAACUUAUAGGAGAGCGAUACUGCAAGACCACAGAUGUGCUUACCAUCAAAACAGAUAGGAAAACCGAAGAAUGGGAAAAAAAUAAGACUGAAGCAGACAUGGAAGAGUAUGUAUGGAAAAAUAGCUCCUCAGAAAAAAAUAUCCUGGAAACACUUCUGCAGAUUAAAGCUGCCGAGAAAAAGACGGACGUAAAUAAAGAAGAACUCCUUGGUACUAAAGAAGUUGAAGAUUAUAGAAACUGUGUUGUUACUCUUAAGAACGAGGGAGAAAAUGAAAAUACCCUUUCUCAGUACAAAGAAUCAGUGAAGAGACUAUUAAAUUUGACAUGAAUUACAAAGUAGAAAAAUCUGCUCUAUUAAUUUGAUGAUACAUGUAAUCAAUAUCUAAUUGGAUAUAAAAUUGAAAAUGUUAAAAAA